AUCGAGCAACAUGGAUUCCAAAGGUGGAAACCCUUUCUUGAUGGACGACUACGGUGUCGAGUCCAACGACAGGAAAACUGGCCAACCGUCGAAUCCUUUCCUCCAGGACUUCGCGGAUACGGAAACAACCGGAGCAGGAGAGAAUCCUUUCCUGAAUUUUGGAGCAAACCAAUCUUAUCAAUCAGCCAUUACAGUCGACUCGACGAACCCUUUCGCUUCUUUCGCCACGGAGACCACUGCACCUAGCACUGGUUUCGAAGCUACUACUACCGACACUACGGCAUCUAACAUAUUCUCUGGUCAAUCCGCGAACAUUUUUCAGACGAGUGUCAGCGAGUCGAGCACGAAUCUGUUCGAUGCGCCGAUCUCUACUCAAGUGACUGACGAACUUUUCGGUCAAGAGUUGCAGUCUGCACCUCCGCCAUCUCCGGUGGUGCCUGUGACACCGGUUCAACCCAAGAAUGGCAAGACUGCACCGUCGAGACCGCCGCCACCGAGACCUCAACCACCGGCGCCACCUAAAAACACCAAAGACUUGAUCUUGUCGGUUACUGGAGCUAUGGAUGCCACUUCUAACCAUCUCCUGGAUCGAUUACAGGCAACAAGAACACCCAGUCCAACGUUAAUGCACUCUCCAUCGCCAACUCCGGAGCACAGUUUCGCCGACUUCCUGGACGUGGAUUCGAACGUACCAGACCUAAUGUCCGACGACAGCAAAGUAGCAGAGCCAUCAAAGAAUCACGACAUCCUGGAUCUCCUUGACGCACCUAAUACAGAGACGACAACCACUACCAUCUUCUCUACGUCCAUAAAUACCGAAGACGCCACUAGUUUGGUAACAGGAGUAUCCUUGAUCAGUGCCACUGGCCAAGACAAUCCAUUCGUCAGUAUUACAGAGCAAGAGGCAUCUCCUAUUCAGGCUGAGGAUGCCUUUAAGUCAGAUUUCCCGGAAACUGCUUCUGUAACAAGUGAAAAGAGGCCAUCUAUAGCUUCCACAACCGGAGUUGUUGGAAGUGACACGGAGAAAACUGGUAUUGAUUUAGAUUUCGCUGCGGAAUCCCCUGUUGUCUCAGAAACUAUGCAAUCAUCGACAGCUGGAGCUGAAUUAUUCGCUACCAGCGGCACUGAGCAAUUGUCCACGAUAACUACCGAGUCUGCGUUCUUUUCUGUUGCCGAUACGAUGUCUUCUGGACCAUUUGGUACCAUAGAUACCACGGCCUCGCAUUUCACGACAUCCAUGCAAACGCCCGGCACACAACCUCUGUUCGCAAGCACGGAAAUGAAUGCAUCAUCCGCUCAGUCCAAUGGACCAUUUGCUUCUGAUUUACUUGGUGAUUUCGAAGAACCUACGAAAGAUAUCAGUGGCAUGACAUCGACCAGCCCGACUCCGGGAGCUGAAUUUCCCAUCAAUGAAGCGUAUAAGCCUGAAGAGCAAUUGGAUAACUUCGCAGCAACUACGAAAGUUAUCGAGGGUACUGGCGAUGCGUUUGAUAUUUUUGCUUCGAAAUUUGAUAAAGCUGCGGAGCAGGAAACCAACGCUGGAGAUCCUUUCUUGGAUGCCUUUGGUGGUGGGCCUACCGCCAUGGACACGUCUAGCGAUGUUUGGGGUGAUUCGUCUGCGACCGGGUCAGAGACAGCAGUGACUGGAUUUGGAGAAGCUGACGGGUUUGACUCGUUCCUGAGUAUGACUGCACCACCGCCAGAAACAAAUGUAAAAAGAACCGACUCUGUAGAUUCGGAUGCGGGACCAGAUUUCAGUGUAUUCAUUAAACCAAAAGAGGAUGAUCAAGGCGGAGCAAUCGAAGGAGGAGCUGUCCCCGUGCUAGCGCCACCACCAAAGAGUCCGCAAAACACAGCUUACACAGAUACCUCACCACGAUUCAAUCCCUUCGACAAGUCAGGAUUCGCACAGGACGCUAUUCCCACUACGGAAACUGCUCAACCUGCUGAACUGACCAGGACAGAUUCUCAGGAAACUCCUCCGACCCCCCUAUUUGACGAAGACGUUAGCCAACCUUUGGAAGACUUCCCAAGAGUGACGUACACCGGUGACGGCUGGGACAUGCACCUGCGCCAACCUAACAAGAAAAAGAUAACCGGUCAACGAUUCUGGAAGAAGAUCUUCAUAAAACUGGUCUACCAAGGUGACAAUCCUGUACUCCAGUUGUUUAACAGCAGAGAAGACAAGGAUCCCUUCCAAGAAUUACCUCUAGUUCCUUCUUACUCGAUAUCCGACAUCGGAGCACAGCAAUUUGACCAAUACGGGAAAAUAUUCACGGUGAAGCUGCAAUACAUUUUCUACAAGGAACGACCUGGAGUACGACCUGGCCAGGUGACAAAGGCGGAAAGGAUAACGAAUAAACUCAGUCAAUUCGCUGCGUACGCCAUUCAGGGUGAUUAUCAGGGGGUGAAAGAAUUUGGAAGCGAUCUAAGGAAGCUCGGUCUUCCCGUGGAACACGCGCCACAGAUUUCUCAGUUAUUCAAACUGGGUUCCCAACUCUACGAAGAUAUGAAGCAGUUUUCUUGCGCGAUCGAGGAAGCUCUGUUCAGAUUGCCGGCCCAUCGAGAUCGGGCGCUCAGUUAUAAGACAGAAGACGUGCAGAUUACGGUCGUGGAUGAAUUGUACGUGGAACAGAACGCGCAAGGUCAGGUCGAGAAGCAAAUAGCACGUGUUCGAUUGUUCUUCUUGGGCUUCCUCUCUGGAAUGCCUGACGUUGAAUUGGGAAUAAACGACAUGUGGCGCCAAGGGAAAGAGGUAGUAGGCAGACAUGAUAUAAUUCCAGUGGUAACCGAAGAAUGGAUCCGUCUGGAGAACGUUGAGUUCCACUCCUGCGUUCAACAGGACGAAUACGAAAAAUCUAGAAUUAUAAAGUUCAAGCCACCGGAUGCAUGCUAUAUCGAACUUAUGAGGUUCCGAGUAAGGCCUCCUAAAAACAGAGAGCUUCCUCUCCAGCUUAAAGCCGUAAUGUGCGUUACCGGUAAUAAGGUAGAACUGAGGGCGGACAUUCUCGUGCCGGGAUUCGCGUCAAGAAAACUGGGCCAAGUGCCCUGCGAGGACGUGAUGGUACGUUUCCCCAUUCCAGAGUGCUGGAUCUACCUGUUCAGGGUGGAAAAACACUUCAGAUACGGAUCCGUCAAGUCAGCUCAUAGGAGAACAGGAAAGAUCAAGGGUAUCGAAAGAUUUCUCGGUGCGGUUGAUACUUUGGAACCUCAGCUGAUGGAGGUGACGUCCGGUCAGGCAAAAUACGAGCAUCAACAUCGUGCUAUCGUUUGGAGAAUGCCUAGGUUACCGAAAGAAGGCCAAGGAGCAUACACGACACACCAAUUGAUCUGUCGAAUGGCCCUAACUUCCUAUGAUCAGAUCCCCGAGAACCUAGCCGAGUACUGUUACGUGGAAUUCACGAUGCCAGCGACCCAAGUGUCUCACACGACGGCGAGGAGUGUUAGUUUUCAAAAUCACGACAGCGACACUCCACCAGAGAAAUACGUGAGGAAUUUGUCGCGACACGAGUACAGAGUUGGAAUCGAGCAUACGCAAGGAGAAGGCCCAGGCGCAUACGUAUCUGCCACCUACACACGAAAAAUUCCGGAAACGACGCCGGAGACACAAGGAGAAGCUUCAGACGCUGGCGCGGAAUCAGAUUCCGAUUCCUCCGAUUAAAUCCAAAUCAGUCUUGCAUAAGGUAACCUGUAACACGUACGGAACUUAAGGAGAAUUACUUGUUAAUGCUAAGGUAUAUACAGAAAGCGAAACGAUGCCUGUGACUGGACGCGUGACGUUUCACGAUUUGCAGCUCGGAACGAAUGGACAAUUUCCACGCGAGCAAGCGCAACACGUUAUUGGAGUAAUCGUGUAGCUUAAUAAAAAGCAAUAGCGUAUGUGACGUGCUCAGAUAAAAAGUUAAGAUUCGAAAAAGUCGGUCUUCACCUUUUCAUAUUCUUUCACAGUCAAAAGUAUGCUCUUUUUUUAUUUUAUAUUAAUAAAAAUUGCAAAUUUUCAAGUGGUUUUAGUAACAAAGCUGUGAAAAUUGGUAAUUAUUUAUUACAUUAAUAAAAGUUACAAAUUAUCACCAAGUAAUUUUAAUAACAAGUUAUUCUCUUGUAUUUCUCCACUAUCAGCAAAAUUUUGAGUUUUAAUCAAAUCAUUUGCACGCAUGAUGAAGCGAUUGUACUUAGUAAUAUCGCACUGCAGAGUGCAUAUCUUUAAACGCGUUUAUCUUAAAAACUCGUUUCUAUACGUUAAUCUCUUUUUACCAAAGCAAGUCACAUUGAUAACUUCGAACGCACAUCGAUAUCAAGAGGAUAUAAUCAUGAUAAAUGGUUCGCGUGGGUUAAAUCGUUAGUGGCCGCUGCGAUCCGUGAAACGCUAAACGUCGACGCGUGUUAAAUAUAACGAACAUAACAGUUAACAUAACAGUUAACGAAAUGUACGUAUGAAAGGAGUAAUUUGUAAGGGAGGACAAUACCGAUUUUACGUUCAGUUUAGCUUGCUAAGUAGUAAUGCGCACUCGCGGUGAAAGGCUUUGCUCUGCUUAAACUAUUUCAAAGUCGGAUUAGUGGAUUAUUAGUUAUCGAAGAAAUUUAGUAAAUUGGGUAUGUAAAAUUGGUUAAACAGUAUUUUUUUAUUUCGUUCCAUGGAUCUAUCCAAUAUAAAAAUAUCAAAAUAUAUGUUUUAUUUGGAAUAUUUUAUAUUAAUUUUGUUUAUUCUAAUUGCAGCAGUCGAUAUCUCCGAAGUGUUUUGCUUAUUUAACGAUUUUAUCGUAUCAACACGACGAUCAGAGGACAAUAAUUGUUAAUUAAGAAAGUCGUUAUAACUUGGAAGAACCGUGCGGCGCAUAUCUCAUCGUUUGAGCUUGCAGAUGAUCUAUAUCAAAUGUUAUCUAGUCGUUUACCGAAAGGUAGUUUAUUCAGAUUAAUCGUCGGUUAUUAGACACGUAAGUAAAUAACGAUAAAAAAGAUGGUAUCGACAAUUUUUGCCAAGAGAGGCUAGCAGAGAAACGUAUAUUAUUUGUAAUUAUAAUACUAAACGCGACGCAUGGAAGAUUACAGUUCAUUAAUCUAGUCUUUAAUAACAUUUUGUUCUUGUACGCGACGCGAGCUGCAAGAAUAUGUUCAAACGCUUUGCAAAUCAUAUAUACAUAAGUCUUAGUGUGUAAGUUUUUGUUCGACGCUUUUUUCCUUUCUUAUUUUUCCCCCCAAAAAUUUCACCGUUGGCGCGAGACGGUGGCUCGUCAAAGUAUUCUGCGUAAAGUUGAUAAGGCUAAAUGAAGAAAAAAAAUCUAUUUAACUAUGUAUAAGAUAGGAUAAACGAUGCGAAAGAUGUUAUUAAUAAUUUUACAUAAGGCGAACGAAGAUUUAGAUACGUAAGUUUCCGUUGAGAUUUUGUCGAUUUUUCGUUAGAAAUUUUUCAUCCUGCAAAGGAAAUCGGAAGAGUCUAUUCUAGUCCUUAGCUCGUAAGACGAUCGUAUGACAUGUCAGGUGUUGAUUCACCGGUCAUACGUUAUCUUAAGUCUAUUUAGGUUAAUGAUAAUCUUAAUCAAUUACGCGUAGAAAAAUGUCUGCCGACAUGCCAAGUAACGUAUAGACAAUUAGUGCUACUAAUUAAUAUCGUCGGUUAUAUAUAGAUUGUCGCUCUGAUCCGUGUCAAUGCGAGUAUGAACGUAUUAGGUUGUUCGAAAAAUUCGUAGCGAAAGUUAAAAAAGAUUUAACUAGAAUUUGGCGUUUCGUCAUUUGUAACUUGACGAGACUUUUCUUGAAAAAUAUUUCUUCUCUUGCUGGUGAAUUCCUUCAAAUAGCUUUUGCGGGUUCUUAAAGUUUUUCAUUUAUUGCUUAUGUCUUUCGAGUAAGAUUCGUAAGGAUUACAGUAAAAAAACUUGUUCUACUAACGAAUCUUUUAUAUUUCUCUUUGAUUCUGUUUAGUAUCCAACUAGGGCCAGCAUUUGUUCAGACGUUUCGUUGUUUAUCGUAAAUUUACCAAAUAAAAACGCUGCGAACUUUUCGAACAACCCAAUAUUAUGCCUUAUAUUUAUACUAUGUCUCAAACUUUCUUCAAUGUAUCCAAUCAAGUACAUCAAUCUGACAAUACCGCUUAAUAGUGCCAGCAAAUAAUGUUCUCUUAAAACUAAAAUAUUAAUAUAACUAAGCAAUUAAUUGAUCUACAAGACUGCAUAGGUAAAAAUGUUACAUUGCGUACUUUGAAACAGUGCAAAGCUUUUCCACUUGCGGCGUGACGGUCUGUUUGCGUUGGUACAUUAAAUGGAUCCCGAGAGGAUUUUUUUCGGGAAAAAUUCGUCUCGGGACUUGACGUUUCCAGCUCGUGAUCUCAACUGCGUGUAAUAUCGUACUCUAGUGCGAUUUCCAAGAAGGCGAUAUCCAAUUUAUGUAUCUAAAGGGAAAGGUUCAUUUAAACACCUGAUGCAUGUAUAGAUAUCUUAGGAAAGGUAUUCAAAUUAGAGGUUAUGUGUGAUAUUGGCAAGUCUAUUGAUGUUUGAUAAGCGUGACUGUGAAUAAAUGAAUGGAUGAAAGCAAGAGGAAGCAUGCAAAUUUUUCGUCCCUGUGAGGAGGUCGUAAGUAAAAUUUUAAUCUUGGACAAAGCCAAAAUUUAUUUUAUUUUCCUUGUAGCUAUUUAGGUAUUAUUUUAAAAAGAAUCAUCCUUUAUCAGUUAUUAAUCCAAUGUUACAAAAAUGUUCGAUUUUAUCGAAUAAAUCAUCUUGUAUCAUCGAAAGACCUCUCGCUGAAGAACGAUUAAUUAAUUAUAAUACACGUCAGAAAGAGUGCCUAAGUUCGUAAAAAAAUAGUUACGCGUCUUACGAAAGAAAAUGAAUUCUAUUGCCACUGUUGAUUCAAAAAGGAAUUAACGUUUAGUAUUUUGAAAUGUUUGAGUUCUAUAAUUGUGUUCGACUUUUAACUAGUUUUCUUUUGAAAUUAUCACUGGGGAUAAAAUGCGUCGAUAAGGUAGAUCUCAAUUGAAUCUGUACGACCUCCAUUCGUUGUUGCUCCAAAGAAAUAUCACUAUCCCAGGUCAAACUUACUCGCGCAUUUACAUACAUAUAAUUAUUAAACUAUGUAGAUUUUAGAUAUAAUCCUGUUAACUCGGCUCUCUAAUGAUUAAUUGUAAAAGAGAAAUUAGUAACGUCGUUGUUGUUCUUACAAUUAUUACUAAGUGAAAAAAAUGAAACAAAAUGUUCUGUACAGGUAAAGAAAGUCUGUAAAGAUUACGGUUAAUUGAGUCGUGCUAGGAUCGGUAAUUAAUAGAAUUUAGAAAGAACGUCCGUUGUAGAUUGAAACGAGCAAUGAAGGAACAGAAACCCCUUAAACUGCAUUUUUACCUUCCCACGCCAUUUUUUGGCCACGAUAGAUCGAUCGAUGAUUUCGUCCGUCGAGCUUUUUAUCGAACGUUAAGGAGUAAAUCUUUUAUAACAGCUGAGAACUAUUAAUGUUAUCAAUCAUAUAUACCAUAUUUAUUUCAUUUUAUUUGUAUCGUUUCUUGCAAAUUUAUGAUCAAUAAAAUUUAAACAUUUCAACCUCAUCACCAAACGCAAUAACCUGCAAUAUCAACGAAGAACAGAGUCGAAAAUAACGUCGAUGAUUUACAAAAAAUAAAAUACCUUAGCAUUUUGAAUACCCUAUAAAAGCAAAGGCAUGACUGUUUUAGUUUAUAUUCGUGUUUACUUAUGUAGGUAUGUAGCUUAAUUAACAUUUUAGAGAUUCCGUUAAUGGUUAGUGUGGUGUAUGUACGAAGUUUGAUCUCGAAAAGCACAUGAAACGAGUAUAAAGAAAAAAGUGUUUCGUUACGAUUGUUGCGAAUGAUUUAACGAUUGUUACGAAUAAUUUUGAUUGGCAUCAAAUCUCGAAGUAGGUAUAAGGAAAAAGAAAAGAUCGAGAGUGCGAAAACAUUCCCUAAUGAAAUUGAAAUAUAAAGUACCUCUAAUCUCCGAUCUGUAAUUUAUAAAUAUAUAAAUAUACAUAUAAAUAUAAAUAUAUAUAUACAGGUACACAUGUAUGUAACGUCGUAAUGUGUAAUUAUACGUGUACGUAUGAAUUGUAAUUGUAAUCUAAUAGUAACCAAUUGCGGUGUAGACAAGUGACAAAGAAGAAAGGAAAAAAUGAUUAGGGCAAAUUUGCUCUUUGAUAUAUAUGUAUUAUAAUUUCGCAAACACACACACACAUACAUACAUACAUACACACACACACACACAAGGAAAGAGAAAAUGAAAAUUUUCGAGGUAAUGGAAACAAGUGUAAUACUGUUAGCUAAUGGUAUUAUUGAUAAAUUCUAUGUAUCAAUAAAUAAUAUAACAUUGUUUAAGGGACGAAA